AUGCAAUUAUUGACCCAUAACAUCUCCAACCUGAACAAAAAAAGGGCGAUGACUUUGAGCAGCGACGUUGGACUCUACAGAUUCGGCCGUCUUGGAACCUCUUUAGGCCAGAUGUCCGGAAAAGACCAUGACAACCUGCCUGAAGGAGGCCGAAAUUCUGGCUCUGCGAUGAAAAUUAGGCAAAAUACAGACUGUGCAUCGGACUCCAAGGUAGAAGGGUCAGGAGUUGUCGAGAGUCGCGAAGUGACCUCGGUGGUGACUCGUCGCAAUCUGGCUCUAAACGCACAUGAUGGCGAAAAAGGGUAUGAUGAUGAUGAUGAUGAUGAUGAUGAUUAUGAUGAUGAGGAUGAAGAUGAACAUUCGUACGGGCGGAGCGAGCAAUUCGCAAGAGUCGCCUCAUGCCACCUCCAGACUCCGGCUAAGUCCUCUAGUCUUCGACACUGCAUACCACGGACGGGAUGA